GCUUUGAUCAGUUUAAGGCGAAAUUUCUUUGUCAUUAGAAGUUCUCGUAUCAAAAGUGAAAAUGCGUUCUGCGAUUUUGUUUGGUCUGAUUGUUUGCCUGGCUUUUAGCCUGGUUUUAUCCCUGGAGGAGACUCAAAAACAAUCUAACGAUCUUUCUGCUGUGGAAAAUAAUAUUGGCCGGGCUGUGGAGUCCGAGGUGCGAGCUAAGCGUCAGCUUGGCCUUGGAGGACCCUUUGGAGGAUUUGGAGGAUUUGGAGGAUUUGGAGGACCAAUUGGCGGAUUUGGAGGACCAUUUGGCGGGUUUGGAGGACCAAUUGGUGGAUUCGGUCCUUACGGAGGCUAUGGUGGCUACGGCGGAUACGGAUACGGUGGCUACGGAGGAUAUGGUCGCUACGGAGGAUAUGGCCGCGGACAUCACCUUGGUUAA